CUGCACUUCUGAAUAUUUCAUUGACCCUUUGUGCUCUUCAAGGCCUCCCAAAUGACAUCCUCACUCCUCCCUCUUCUCAUGGUCCCAGGACCUUCACACAACUUUUCUCAGGUUUCCACUCAUUCACAUCACUAACUAUUGCCUGUCCAUUCCACAUCCUCAGUCAUUCACUUUUUACUCCCAAAGCAGGCUAGUUAGGUAUUUCCCUGAACAGAACUAUUUUUUCUACUUGGGAGAAAAACAUUGCAACUUCCUUAAAAGACAGAAUUAAGUUAAAGCAGUUGUGGUUUUAAUAACAAUAACUUAUUUCUUCUGUCUAUACAGUCUUGGAGUGUUUUUGCUUUGUGAAUAAAAACAUUACCAGUAAUACCCAUUGAUUUAUCCAAUUUAUCAAAAACCAAGUUAUCGAUAUGAAUGUUAUAACAUGUAUUUUCCAAAACAGUCUCAGGUUUAUAUUUCAAUACUAUAGGAACCAGUAUCCAGAAAUGGAAUAUUUUGAAUAAUCAAACAUUCUGAUUGAUGGAGCAUUAUCAAAACACUAGGCAUGGAAUACCAGUUUACAAAGUGGAAACAUAAAACAUUGGUAGGGUGCCCAACCUGCCACAAUGGAAGCAAUGGUGGGAGUUGAUGAUUAAUAAGAAAUUUAACCCUUUAAAGCCUCCCUUUCUCAUCUGUUUGAAUAUUUGCCUUCCUGAGGAAAGAAAGAAAUGAUUUUCAUAUAAUAUUCCUGGCAUAUAACAAAUAUUGUAUAAAUACCAGUUUUUACUUCUUUCCCACUUUCCCCUCCCCAAGUAAGGAAGAACCACUAGUGUAUCUACAGUCCACUUUCUCCUUCCCCUGAUGAUUCUGAAGGACACUUCACAGUCCUACAGAGCCCUAGGGCUCCCAUGUGCAUAUCAGUCCUUACUGCUAUGUGCUCAGUGCUAGAAUACUAGAUAAUAGCAUUUAUUAUAUAUAAUCAGCUCAUGGGAGAAAAUCUCAUUAUAGUUCCCCCUUGAUUAAUAAUUUGCAGCAGUUUGUUAUUAUUUUUGUUAUUCAAUUUCAUUAGCAACAUUUGCCACGAUCAAGUCUUAGUCAAGGUAAAACUGAUUCUACAUUGCCUUUUUCAAGAAGCUGUGGCCCAGCAGGAAGGGUCAGAUUUCUGGUUAACGUCUAAAUAGAAGACUUUCAGCUACCUAAAUCAAUGACUUAACAAAAGUCAAAAUAUCCAUUUCACAUUAAUUCAUAUCAUUUGUAGUAUUUCUAAUUUUGAUGCUCAAAUUAAUCUGAUCUUCAUUCUUCAUACAAAAUAAAGACCUUGGGAAAAAUAUCUGACUUACAUUAUUGUGGAAACAUUAUGUUUGUCAUUUUAAAAAUCUUUCAUUUUGUCCAUUGCUAUUUGAAUUUCUAUAUUUAACCUUUUUGUUCGCUUCUUUUAUAUUCUUAUUUUCAGUAACUCAUCCUGCUACUAAUUAUGGACCUGAUCAACUCUUCCGAUUACCAGGUCAAUGUCUCUAUAUUAGUAAGAAACAGCAUUCACUUACCAGCUCCUGCCCCAAAAAUGAUCAUUGUCAUUCUUUUGUUCACAUUCAUAAUUGGUAUUAUUACCAAUGGUCUCUAUCUAUGGAUACUAAAAUUCAAGAUGAAAAAGAGUGUCAAUACUCUUUUCUUUUUUCAUUUCGUUCUCUCACAUUUUAUCUCAACGUUGAUCGUGCCACUUAUAACCAUCCCCUUCCUUCAGAACAAUCACUGGAGCUUUGGAACGGCCAUGUGCAAGAUCUUCAACAGCAUUUUGCAUACAGGAUUAUCCGCCUCUGUUUUCUUCCUCUCAGCCAUCAGUAUUGAUCGUUAUAUUCUCACUUUUCACCCAGUGUGGUCACAGCUGCACCGAACCCCACGCUGGGCUUCCAGCAUCAUCGUGGGAGUCUGGAUCUCUGCGGCUGCCCUCAGCAUGCCGCAUUUGGUUUUCAAGGAGACAUAUGAUGACCACAAAGGAAGGGUGACCUGCCAAGAUAACUAUGCCUUAUCUACUGACUGGGAAAGCAAAAAGAUGCAAACAUUAAGGAAAUGGAUUCACGUAGCCUGUUUCACCAGCAGUUUCUUGCUAAGCUUCCUUCUGCCUUUCUUCAUCAUCACCUUUUGUUAUGUAAAAGUAGCCAACCAGAUGAAAAAGAGGAGCCUAUUUAAAUCCAACAAGCCCUUCAAAGUCAUGAAGACUGCCAUUAUCUCUUUUGUGUGUUGGGUGCCCUACCAUGUAUACCGGGGCUUACUUCUCUCUGACAACAAAUCUUUACUUUUACAGUUGACUAUGCUAGUUGCAGUGAUUACCACUUCUUUUAAUAUUGUCUUUUCUCCUACACUCUACCUAUUUGUUGGGGAAAAUUUCAAAAAAGUUAUCAAAAACUCAAUUCUUGCUCUGUUUGAGUCAACAUUCAGUGAGGAUUUUCCUCCAGAAAGGACACAAAACCUAAAUUUACAAGCCUACAUUUAAAUUCUAGGUCCCAGAACAAACAUGAGCUUUUUUUAGUCAAUCAGACAACCAGAGAUAUACCCUCUGCUUCUAUAUAAUAUAGUUCCUAUAUUAAAGGGACAUCUGGGGUGUACUGUAGUUAGAUUACAAAUAUUAA